CUCCCGCGAGCACGUGCGCGUCCUCGCUGCUCACAUUUCGGCGGAGGGCGCGCUCCCUGGAAAAUUCCACUCCUGCGCUAGCUCCACCCUAUGCGGCUUUUCUCCUACCCCACGCUCUUCACUCUCAGCUCCCUUCCCGGCGGCCUUUGCGGGAACAAGAUGGCAGCCCCCAUACCUCAAGGGUUCUCUUGUUUAUCGAGGGUUUUGGGCUGGUGGUCUCGGCAGCCAGUUCUGGUGACUCAGUCCGCAGCUAUAGCAGUAAGAACUAAAAAACGUUUCACACCUCCUAUUUAUCAACCUAAAUUUAAAACAGAAAAGGAGUUUAUGCAACAUGCCCUGAAAGCAGGACUGGUUAUUCCUCCAGAAAAAUCAGACUGUUCCAUACAUCUGGCCUGUACAGCUGGUAUAUUUGAUGCCUAUGUUCCUCCUGAGGGUGAUGCACGCAUAUCAUCUCUUUCAAAGGAGGGACAUAGAACUGAACGAAUGAAGAAGACUAUGGCAUCACAAGCGUCAACCCGGAGGAUAAAAGACUAUGAUGCCAACUUUAAAAUAAAGGACUUCCCUGAAAAAGCUAAGGAUAUCUUUAUUGAAGCUCACCUUUGUCUAAAUAAGUUGGGCCCAUGAGGUGUGUGCUCUGUAUAUUCCGGAGGUACAAUUUGCCGGUGUUUCCACAAUGGAACCAGUUGUUUUACAGUCUGUUCCACAUGAUCGUUGUAAUAAAGUACAGUGGAUAUUAUUUUAUUACUGUUUGAAUAUCACUGCUGGGAAAUAGAAAGGAAGUCUUUGUGUUUUUAAAAUUAUAGUUCUCCCCAACAUGGCUAAUACGGUGAAACCCCGUCUCUACUAAAAAUACAAAAAUUAGCUGGGCAUAGUGGCGGGCGCCUGUAGUCCCAGCUAUUCGGGAGGCUGAGGCAGGAGAAUGGCGUGAACCUAGGAGGCAGAGCUUGCAGUGAGCCGAGAGCGCACCACUGCACUCCAGCCUGAGCAACAGAGCAAGACUCUGUCUCAAAAAAAAAAAAAAAAAAAAAAAAAAAUUGUAGGUCUCCAUCAAAUUCAGGGAGAUGUGGAAAAAAAUUACUACACCAAACUACAGUUAUUAAAAUGUUAUUAAUAUGUUACUAAGGUCACAGGAGUACAAAGCAAGCAAAACUGUGUUACCUUUCAUAGUAACCUAGGUAUUUAGUAUUCUAUGAUUUACAGGAUAUUUUAAUCCUUACAGAUUGGCCCUUUAUGAAUUACUGAUCUCUUUUGCUCUUUCAGGUAUCAAGAGUCUGUUAAAUUUGAAUUAAUUAUUAUUUUGCAUAAUAUUCAUUACGAUGUAUCAUACAUUCUUUUUUUGAAAAACAGUCCUAUAUUAGAAUGUUACUUGUCCCCCCCCUUCAAGUUAUUUGUACCCCAAGAUACGGUUUUUAUUGUUGGCCUUAAAAAAAAAAACUUAAUGUUUGCUUUUUUCCUGUAUAUUUUUCUUCAUUUAGUAUGUUAUUGUUUUAUUCUCCUCUGCAUUUUAGGUUUCACCAUUACCCAAUGUGCCUUUAAAUACAGUUUUACCACUUAAUUGAAGGUACACAUUCCAACCGUGGAAGAAAUUGCAGCCAGCUUUAAGAUUUUAAAUGUUUUUGUGCAAAAAAACUUUUUAUUAUGUAAUUAAUAUUUAUUUUAUUUUAUUUUAUUUUACUUUUUAUUUAUUUACUUUUUUUGAGACAGAGUCUCACUCUGUCACCCAGGCUGGAAUGCAGUGGCAUGAUCUCGGCUCACAGCAACCUCUGCCUCCCGGGUUCAAGCAAUUCUCCUGCCUUAGCCUCCUGAGUAGCUGGGAUUACAGGUGCCCACUAUCACGCCCGACUAAUUUUUCUAUUUUUUAGUAGAGACGGGGUUUUUUCUCUGUAUUUUUGCUUAUAGUAUAUACUUACGAAAAAGAUGAAUCGUUUUGCUUAUAUUUUUUGUUUGCUUUCAAAAAUUACGCAGCAUCUUUUGUGUGUCAAUAAAUUGUGUUUCUGCUGUAUUUUUAAUAGAUACUUAGUCUGUAAUACAGAAUAUCAUGAGAUUCAACAAACUGUGAAUUUAAUUAAGCAACCCUUUGUGGUUGAAGGGCCUAGUUUGGUGUCUGGCGUUUAGUAUACACUGCUAGCAUCUGUGUAAAAGUGUGUGAACAUUUUGGAAGCUUCAAGAAAUACAUUGUGUGAAAUUGUCCUCUAGAACUUACACUGUAUUAGCUGUAUGUGAGAUCGCUCAUAACUCUAUAUUUUGUUAGGUACACUGUGUUACCCUUAAAAAAAUCUUUGCUAUUCUUUCUAGUAAAAAAAAUAUUAAAAUGUUUGAAUGAGUUUCUUUGA